AUGUCUUCUUUUCGUGUGACAUCCUUACCUCGCCCUGCCCUCUUACCUUCUCCUCAAUUGAUCUCAUUCGGACAAGAAGGCGUACCUUCGUUACUUGAUUCGGACAUAGACGAAAUUGACUUGCACCCCAUCAUCAACAACGCAGGAAGAUUUGACGCGACGGUCCAAGCGUUCUAUCCUUGUUCAAAUACAAUUGCUGGUCCAAUAAGGCUAUCGUUACCGGUUACACCAGAACUUAUCACCCUAGUGUCCGAAGGGGAAUCGGAUGAAGAACUGAAGAGGUUGUUCAGAUUAGAUUCUCCGUCACCACCUCCUUCCCCUAUCUGUUCGAUACCUCCCGAAAGGAGAAAGGGAGAUUAUACACCUCCGCAGAUCUUCUCGACCCUUGGUAGAAGAAGGCGUUCAACUCCUAUCCUUCAUCAUCCAUCACCUACAUAUCCAAGCCCGUACAAGAAAAACAAGAAUAACUCAUUCGAUACUCUAUCUACCAGUUCUUAUCCACCUUCUCCCUCACCAAUAUUACAUACUGAUACACCGGAUCUGACUUCCGAUUCAAGUCUUUCGUUUCCAAACCCUUCGAUCACGGAUGAAUUUUCAGAGUAUUCUGAUCAACCUAUCUUAUUCUCUAAUCCAUCUGAAUUGAUCGAUAUAUUCACAUAUAAAGGUGGUGAAAAAUUACCAUUUCCAGUGGCAGUCAUCAUUCAUAAAGGUAAAGGUCAUACCAAGGAAUUAUCUAAAGAAGUCAUUGAAUUGAUCGAUUUUGAAAGUUCCCAAGAACAUCAGGAUCAAUUCUAUGCUCAGCCAAACGAAGGAUUUAUCGAUUUAUUAGGCUUAGACAAGGAUCUUGGAGAGCAUAAUAAUCAUCCUGCCGAAUUGACUUCUUGUCUUGGUGCUUCCCAAGAACAGUACAAUACGAACGAUUAUAAAUUCGAUUCUGGAUCGGACAAAAUUGAUGAACAACAAGUAGAAGAUUUGACUGAUAUCUGUUCUGAGCCUGAACUUGAAGAGCAUUGGUUUCUCAAAAUGAACGAUUCACCUCAAAUGAUCAAUGGAAACCAAUCAACAUCCCAUACAUAUGAUCAGUUUAUCAAUGACUCCUCAAGGAAUGGUUUGAUAUCAUCAUUAUCAGACCUAUCAGAUAUACCUGAGUUUAUUCCGAAAUCAAAUUUCAUCCCAGCUGUGAACAGUGUUUCACCUUAUAAUUCACUUCUGUCACGACCUUCACCUAGGAAAACAGUUCCAUCCAAUCUCAUACAUCCUUCUCCCCCAGAUUCGUUUCAAAGCGAUAUUAUGCAAGCUUGGUGUUCCACUGAACCAACUGAAGAAUCGAAGAAAUUCGUUAUGAAAUUGUUAUCCAAUUUGACUACUGUAGUAAAUUCUACUUUUGGUAAACAGAUUUUACAAGAUGGGAAAGAUAGGUUUUUGGUGGACGUUUUUGGAAGUGUUAGUUGGGGAGGAGAAACUGGGAAAAGUGGUGAUUUGGAUUUGGUCAUUCUAGAUCGAGCUCAGCUCAAAGGCUACGAGCCAUCUCUUUGGCGCCAACAACCUGGGUCUGGUCCAAUAUCUAAAGAUUACUCUGGUCGGCGAUCAGUUCCUUUAGCGAUCAACACUUUGCCACGAUGCUAUCACACAUACACGUUAGCAGAUUGCCUCCGUCGGGCAGGUAUGCAAGCUGUGCAGCCUAUACCGGGAGCCAGUACGCCUAUCGUCAAAUUCAUGGAUCCACAAGGAAAACUAGAGUGUGAUAUCAACGUGAAUGAUUUAGGAGGAUGGUAUAACUCUUCUCUCAUCCUUCAUUACUGUCAAAUAUCACCAUAUCUCCUUCGACCGAUGAUCUACAUCUUGAAACGAUGGCUCUCCUCACAAGAUCUGAACGAUGCAUCAGGCGCCAAAGGUCCAGCGACAAUGUCGUCUUAUUGCCUUACCCUUAUGAUCAUUGGAUACCUUCAAAUUCGAGGGUGUCUGCCCAAUCUGCAGCAGGACAUCAAUGUUCCCGCUACUUCUGCACCAGGGGACACAUCUGAUCCUGAUAUCAUUUGGGUAUCAUGGUCCAAAGAGCAAGGUGUACCUGCUCACGUAGCUUUUGCAAGAGCACCACCUGAAGGAUGGAAAUCAUCCGAACCUGAAUUAACAGUUUCCCAAGCUGUCAGAGGGUUUUUCGCCUUCUUCAGUCAAACCAGUUCCUCAUUACUUGCUUCCAUUCAAGAGAAAGCUAGAUUCGAUCAUAGAGCAGAUAUCAUCUCUAUCCUACAAGGUGGUCUAGCUAAAAGGAUAACGCUAGUGGGAGGAUCGAGAAUAGAAGAUGAGAACAAUAGGAUAUCAUUACAAUCUCAAGGAUUCUCUCCUGCGCAGAUAACUCACGUCAUGGAAAUGAUGAGAGAAAGUAGAAUUGAAGAUGAGCAAAGGAUGGGUAAAGGUGAUAGAGGUAUUCAGCCUCGUAAUUGGUCAGAAAGAAGAUUGGUCGUGCAAGAUCCUUUCUUAUGGCAGAAAAAUUGUGCAGGUAUGAUGUCAAAGGUUGGAUUAGAUCGCUUCUUCGCUAGUGUCGAUAGAGCACAUAAAAUGCUUCAGAGUCGUGGAAACUCAGCCACUAUAGAGGAACUACUCUAUAACCCUAGUCCGAUCACACCGAGGUCGACACCAGGUCGAGGAAGAGGAAGAGGUACACCCAUAGGUAGGGGAGGCGGGGGCAUUGGAAGGGCUCUGUGGAACGCUUGA